CGACAGUAAGAAUUCAGUUCAAUUGAAAGUGUAUUGUCAUCCACAGUCGGUGUUUAAGUCUUUUUAAUAUUUUAAUAUUUCUUUCUUUAAAAAUAUGGCUCUUUAUUCUCCGAAUGGAAUGUCACGAGGUUUGCCUGAUUAUGAAAGAGAAGGAAUUAAACAACUAAAUUUCAGCCCCUACGCUGAUAAUGGAGGGAGUGUCGUAGCUCUUGCUGGUGAAGAUUUUUGUAUAAUUGCUGCAGAUAAUCGACUUAGUACAGGAUACUCUAUUUGUACUAGGGAACAGGAAAAAUUGUUUUCCUUGUCGGAUACAACUGUCUUAGGUUGUUCUGGUUGUUGGUGUGACACAUUAAGUUUGACUAGAUUGCUAGCUGCUCGUAUGCAGAUGUACGAGCAUGAACAUCAAAAAAAGAUGACAACACCAGCUGUAGCUCAAAUGCUUUCAGCUAUGCUCUACUAUAAAAGAUUUUUUCCUUAUUACGUGAGCAACGUACUUGCUGGAUUAGAUGAGAAUGGUAAAGGAUGCGUUUACAGCUAUGAUCCUAUAGGACAUUGCGAAAAGUCAAUGUACAGAGCUGGAGGAUCUGCUGGUGCACUUUUACAACCACUUCUUGAUAAUCAGAUUGGAUAUAAAAAUCAAGAAGGUGUUACACCAGAAUUACUUACACAAGAAAAAGCAUUAUUAGUAUUGAAAGAUGUUUUUAUAUCUGCUGCAGAAAGAGAUAUUUACACUGGUGAUGGGAUAAGCAUAAAAAUUAUUACUAAAGAUGGUAUAACCAGCGAUAGCUUCCCAUUGAGAAAGGAUUAAAAUAUUGAAUAUGAUACAUGAAUUAUUUAAUUAUGGUGAUAUAUAAAUAAAGUUUUUGCUUUCAUA